AUGUGUUUAUUAGUUAUGAAAAAAAUGAGUUCGAGUGGAUUGUUGCAGAGUCCUGAAUUGCAUAAGUACCUUCUGGAGACUUCUGUGUAUCCACGUGAAUCAGAGCUUCUCAAAGAACUGAGGGCUAUAACUGCAAAUCAUCCACGGUUCAAUAUGGCAACUGCAUCAGAAGCUGGCCAAUUGAUAGCUCUGCUUUUGAAAGUGGGAAAUGCUAAGAAGACUAUUGAAAUUGGAGUUUUCACUGGAUACUCUUUGCUCCUUACUGCGCUUACAAUUCCUGAUGAUGGAAAGAUUACAGCUAUAGACUUGAAUCGGGAUGCAUACGAGAUGGGAUUGCCAAUUAUCAAAAAGGCUGGAGUUGAGCACAAAAUCAAUUUCAUACAGUCGCAGGCUUUAUCAGCCCUUGAUGAACUCUUGGAAGAUCAAAGCAACAGAGGAAGUUUCGACUUUGCUUUUGUCGAUGCAGACAAAGGUAGUUAUCAAAAGUACCAUGAGAGACUGUUGCAGCUGGUGAAAAUUGGUGGCAUAAUAGUAUAUGAUAACACACUCUGGUUUGGAACAGUUGCUAUGCCAGAGGAGUCUGUUCCAGAAGCUCGAAAACCAGACAGGCAUCACAUUAUCGAACUAAACAAGUUUUUAGCUGCUGAUUCUCGCAUUCAAAUUUCUCAAGUCCCUUUGGGUGAUGGAAUUACCAUUUGUAGGAUACUGUGAAGUUUCUGUCAUCUGAAGUUAAUGGCGAUUGAUGAGAAGAAGACAAUCUCUUAGGGAGAUUUUUCUCCUUUGUUUCUUCUUGGAACUAAUAGUGUGAGUUUUUUUUAAAGUUAAAAUGGGUAUUUAAAAAUUAGAGUUGUUUUUGGAUAUCAAAAUAAUUUGGAGCUGUUUUUGAAUUUUUUUGAGUGAUUUGAAGUGAAAAUUUUGGAAAACAGCUAUUUGGUCUUUUUCAAAUUUUCAAAAAAUUUCGAAAUUCAAUUUAAGUGAAAUUUGAAAUUUUUAUGGACAAACGGAUUUGUAGCGGGCAUUUUGGACAUAAGAAUUGUAACAUUCCGGAGAAAAGUGAGUUUUUAAAAUAAUGAAAAUGGUAUUUAAAAUUUAGAGUUGUUUUUGGAUAUGAAUAUAAUUUGGA